AUGGAACCGCCGGCCGUCCAAACGCCGAACUGCCCGUGGCCGGCAAAGAUGAUGGCUCGUCCACCGCCUGGUUGCGAGGAAGCGAGAGUGAUCAACCUUCAGAUACUCCCAAGUGAAGUGUAUGAUGAAACACCUGAAGUAGGUCAGGGGUUGUCAAUGAGGAUGUCGAGAAUGACUACGACAAUGCCUGAAGGGAGCGUGAUUACGGAAGUUGAAGAUGGAAUAACGGCGGUGCCAAUAAGCGAGUCUGAAGAAGUACCGGAUGACCAGGACUCGGACGAAGAUACGAAGAUGAAAGUCAAUUUGGGGGACAUUCCAAACGUGGAACCCGAGGAUGAUGUCUUUUCGGACCUGCCGGUGUUGGUAAUGGCUUGUACGCCAGUUCAGCAGCUCGAGCUAGAGUACGAACGUGUCAUGCAAAUAAGUGCUGAAGAACUGGACCUCGAGCCCGCAGCCUAUAUUCAUGAAGGGAGUGAAACGUUAUCACAACUCCGGGAACAACUUGCCUUGCUUCCGGAUAUCGGAGAACUAUCCCCGAAAUGGGAUAUUGAUUCGGCUGACGUUGGUGAAUCCGGGACGAGUACUCCCGAAGAUGAACGAAAAUUGCGAACAAUCCUGAAGUACCAUCGAGCCAUCUUUCGAGGAGAUGGGAAUGCGGUUUCAGUUCCGGCACGAGGUGUGACCUGUGAUUUGGAUGUCGGAGAGGCGAAUCCCGUCGCUCAACGUCCCCGAUCUGUUGCACCACACUUAUUAAUCAAAGUGUAUGAGUUGCUGAAGAAACGUUUGGAAAUCCGACUCAUUGAGCAUUCAGAAUCAUCAUGGGCGUCACCCAUUGUGAUUGUCCUCAAGAAAAUGGUGUUGAUAUCCGAAUAUGAUCUGCUGGAUGGGUUUGAGGAUGCCAUGUGGUUUAUGAGCUUGGAUAUGACGAGUGGCUUUUGGGCGGUCAAGAAGUCUGAACGAGCAAAACUGAUAUCGGCGUUCGUCUGUCCGUUUGAACACUUCCAAUGGACCUGCAUGCCAUUCGGACUCAAGAAUGCGCCACUGAUAUACCAGUCAGUUAUCAACAAUUGUCUGUGGGGAUUUGUGAGACUGCCUCCGGAAGAAGAAGCAGAAGUCGACCAAGACGUCUUAGACUUUCUGGGCUGGACCCUACAGACAACCAAGAGUCCAAAAGUAACCGUCCAAAAGAUGAGGUGA